GAUAAGGGAAAAUAAACAAAUCAGUAUUAAAUAAAUAUGUCUACUAAUGAUGAAAACAUAUUGAGCGAUUUCCCAUGGAUCACGUCGUUGUUCGUCCAAAAAUUGCUUGACCAAUCGGAACAAAGCAAAGAUGUGAAUUUAAAAUCAUUCAUCGUGAAAAGAUGCUUCAACGAGGGUGAAGGUUUUUCAAGCAAUAUGCUUUGUCUAAAAACGACAUUCCACAAAUCCAGAGAUGAUGUUGUUGACACAAAGCACACUGACUUCAUAUUUAAAAUUGCCCUUCAAACAGAAGAAUUCGAUAAAUUGUUCGAAGAAGGAUUAUAUUUUGAGAAAGAAAUUUUCGUUUAUUCAACGAUUUUACCAAAAUUGAAACAUUCAUUUGAAGUAGUUGGAAUGACGGUAGAAAUUGGUCCAAGAUAUUUUAUGGGCAACACCCAGCAGAGAAUCCUUAUUCUCGAGGACAUGCGAGUUCAACAAUUCAAAGGUGUUGAUCUAACACAUGGACUGGAUAUGGAUCAUAUGAAAUUGACCGUUGCCACUUUGGCCAAAUGGCAUGCUGGUACGGCUAAUCUGCUUUUGACGAAUCCAGAUAUAUUUACAUUAUACGCAAAGAAUACCUACCAAAAUGCACCAUGCGAAGAGGAAUACUUCAAAAAUGUUGCCAAAAUACUGUCGGAUACAGUACGGAAUUGGCCGGGUUAUGGACAACUGGCUGAAAAAUUGGACAAAAUACCACAAACAGCAUACGAUAAUGCAUAUAAAGCAUUUGAACCUCAAGCUAAUGGGUUCAAUGUUAUUACACACGGUGACAUGUAUAUAAACAAUUUAUUGUUUCGUUAUGAUGACAACGGAAAUCCAAUCGAUGUCCGAUUUAUUGACUUUGCAUUUGGAAAACGCACGAGCCCAUCGAUUGAUUUGAUUUUGCUACUGUACAGCUCUUCCCAUUCGUCGAUUAGUCAAAGUGAUCGCGAGUAUCUCGUUGAAUAUUAUCAUUCAGAACUAGUUAAAUGUCUACAGCUCUUAAACUAUUCGGGACACAUGCCAACGUUAUUUGAAAUGCAGUCGACGUUUUUUGGCGUUGAUUUGUAUAAUGCAUUGGCGGUACUGUUUAUCAUUGGAAUUCGAUAUAAGAAUACAGUUCCAAGUGACGGAUCGUUAGAGGUAGCUAAUAGCUCUGAGAAGACAAAUGAUGACAACACUAAACUAUAUUCCAAUCCAGAAUACAUCAAACAUAUGAAGUAUUUAUUGGAAAUAUUCGAAAGAAGAGGCUAUUUUGAAUUUUGACUAAUUUGACAUUGGCAGACAGAGCAAAAAAAUUAAUCCAUAUAUCUCUGUUGCGCAUAAGAAAUAAUAAAAUAUUUAUCCGUUAGUUGAUGAAAUGGGAUUUUUCCGGAAACAUAAGAUAAAACUAGCGACGAAAUCCAUUUGAAUUCAAGGUUUGCGGCCUCUAUCAAUAUAUCGUAUUCAUUAU